CCGGGGGGUCUGUCAGCCUGGUAAGGACCCUUGAGACGACGGAGGGUUUAUGGAGGGUUCAGGAUCCGUGAAACCGGGGUCGACAGCCUGCCUCUGGGUGUGGCUGCUCUCUGCUGCCGUCGCCUUCCUGUGCACGGAGGCUCGCACCACCCCAAGCCCCUUAAUCACCCCCAGCAAUGCCACCUGCUCGGGGAACUCCAAAUGCAGAGCGGGGAUCAUCUUGCCCAUCUGGUACCCGGAGGACCCGUCCAUGGGGGACAAGAUCGCCCGGGUCAUUGUGUAUUUCGUGGCCAUGAUCUACAUGUUCCUCGGGGUGUCAAUCAUCUCUGAUCGCUUCAUGGCCGCCAUCGAGGUCAUCACUUCACAGGAGAGGGAACUGGUCAUCAAGAAGCCCAACGGGGAAACGACCACCACCGUGAUCCGGGUGUGGAACGAAACCGUGUCCAACCUCACCCUCAUGGCCUUAGGAUCCUCGACCCCUGAGAUCCUGCUCACGUUAAUCGAAGUCUGUGGACACGGGUUUGUAUCUGGAGAACUCGGGCCGGCUACUAUUGUGGGCAGCGCAGCCUUCAAUAUGUUCGUGAUCAUCGGCAUCUGCGUGUCUGUGGUUCCCCAAGGAGAGGUGCGUAAGGUCAAACACCUGCGAGUGUUUUUCGUCACGGCGGGUUGGAGCGUGUUCGCCUACAUCUGGCUCUACAUGAUCCUGGCUGUGUUUUCCCCGAAUGAAGUCCAGGUGUGGGAGGGUCUGCUCACGCUGGCCUUCUUCCCCAUAUGCGUUUUCAUGGCUUGGAUAGCGGACAGAAGACUGCUUUUCUUCAAGUUCAUGCACAAGAAGUACCGCCACGACAAACACCGGGGGGUCAUCAUCGAGACGGAGGGGGAGCGCUCGAAGGGCAUCGAGAUGGACGGCAAGAUGGUGAACUCGCACUUCAUGGACGGAAGCGCCGCCAGCAAUCUCAUCGGGUUGAUCGAGAGCAAAGAGGUGGACGAAUCCCGGCGAGACAUGAUCCGAAUCCUGAAGGAUCUGAAGCAGAAGCACCCGGAGAAAGAGCUGGAUCAGCUGGUGGAGAUGGCCAACUACUACGCCCUGUCGCACCAGCAGAAGAGCCGCGCCUUCUACCGCAUCCAGGCCACCCGCAUGAUGACGGGCGCCGGAAACAUCCUGAAGAAACACGUGGCGGAGCAGGCCAAGAAGAGCGUCAGCAUUCAGGAGAUUCACGUGGAGGAACCGGAGGAAUACGUGUCCAGGAUCACCUUCGACCCCGCCGUCUACCAGUGCCUCGAGAACUGCGGCGCUGCGAUAUUAACCGUCACCAGAAGGGGCGGUGACAUCAACAAGACGAUCUACGUGGAUUACAAGACGGAGGACGGAUCGGCCAACGCUGGGGCCGACUACGAGUUCUCCGAGGGCACGGUGGUGUUCAAACCAGGCGAGAUGUUCAGGGAGAUCAACAUCGGCAUCAUAGACGACGACAUCUUCGAGGAGGACGAGCACUUUUUCGUGCGGCUGGGGAAUCUGCGCGUCCUGGAGACGGAGGACGAGGUGCUGUCGCCCAACAGCCUCCCGUACCCGAAGGCCAUGCUGGGAUUCCCCGCCGUGGCCACCGUCACCAUCUUGGACGACGACCACUCGGGCAUCUUCACCUUCGAGAGCGGCUCGGUGCACGUCAGCGAGAGCAUCGGCAUCAUGGAGGUGAAGGUGCUGAGGACUUCCGGAGCGAGGGGCACGGUCAUUGUGCCGUUUCGCACCGUGGAGGCGAUCGCCAAGGGAGGAGGGGAGGACUUCGAGGACAACUACGGAGAGCUGGAGUUCAAAAACGACGAGACCUGGUAA